UGGCCAAAGACUAUAUCUAUAUCUAUUUUUUAACAUGAAGAGAUCGUGAUGGAUUUGAUGAUAUGCAAUGAUAUAGAGAGGAGUUCAUGUCAAUAAAACAAAAGGAGAUCGGUGAAUGGGGUGAAAGGCUGAAAGCCAUGGAUGAUAUAAGAGGUGUUCAUACUUCAUAGGAAUUAAAAAACAAAGGAAGAUCGAUGAAAGCAAUUCAGACAAAGAUUUGGUCUUAAAUUUUAAUAAACGGUCCAAGUUCGAGGAAAUUGAGAACGUGUGAUAGUUAAGGGGGCGAUAUGCAGUUAAGCCUAAUUAUAGAGUGUCUACGCGCCUCUCUCUCUCUCUCUCUCUCUCUCGAUCUCGAUCUCGAUCUGGAUUCACCAAUGGCUCUCCGGAUCGUGUACGGACUGGUCUUCCUCUCCGUCUCCUGCGUCUGCUUCAAAGUCAUCUACCUCUUUCUCUGCCCCGUCUUCUACCUCACCUCCUGAGACCACGAAACCCGGUUUUGCGGCCAACUAUUUCACUCUCCCGUGGCGGUUUUCCUGCCGGUUAUGCCUCGCCGGCGGCGGUUUCCCAGGAAGAAAGACCUAGGCCGAAAUGGGUCGGUCGUAGAUUACAUCUGUACUUUUCCCACACUUGUAUAUCUGUACUUUUCUACAUAGGUGUAUUACGGUGAAUGAAAUUGGGUAUUUUUUGAUGUGGUUUGUGUGAUGGGCCUAUUGGAUCAGAAAUUGUACUAAUUAAUUUGUGAUAUUGCAAUGUUGUUACAGUAUUACUUCUUUUCUUUUCUUUUUUUUUCUUUUUUUAUCAUGCAAUGCUAUUAGUUUGGCAGUCCGAUUCAUAAGGCCUUUUGAUUUUGGAUAUUUGUAUAGUCGUCUAUGUCAUUAUUCUUUGACGAUUGAAUAGUGUUGAAUCUCCAAGAUCUGAAGAAAGUUUCAUUCAACUGUUAGGUGAUGGAUUUCACAUUUGGGCUGAUUAUUUUGGAGUUGAGGAUAUAACAUGUGUGGAAACUUUAUCUAACUCAAAGCCAAUUGGUGAAUUGGCAAUAAGUGGAGAGGUCCUAAAUGUUAUUGAGUGAUCACCCACCCCACUUCCAAGCACUGUGAGAUCAUAUUUCCUUAACAACAUGUCCAAUGUUUUUUUGAGGCCAAAACCAUUUUUUUUGGCUUGAUAGAGUGUCAAAAUACUUCUCUAAUGUUGCUCCUAUUGUUGAAAGAGAGACCAUGAGAGAGUUCAUUUUUUGUUUCUUUUUUUGGCUUAAAGCGUUUUUGUAGAAUCCAUGAGGGGAGAGAUAGUCACAUAAGUAAAACUUAGCUGGAGCAUAUGUACAUGGUAUAAACAAAGCUAAAAUUUAGCUUGAAGUUGGAGACGAUUUAUUGUGAUAUGGUACCAAAUUAUGGCUUCUUCAAAGGGGAUAAUUUCAGUUUGAGAUGAUAAAGAAGAAAGAUUUGUGGGGGUGAUCAUGGUCAUGUUAACAAUUGCCCAUUAUGAACUGAUCUGGUAAUUUGUUGAGGCACUUCCUCUGUGCUUACAUGCUUCUGUCUUUCUAUCAGAAAAGGAUUCGCGUUAUGUUGCUUGUAGGAGCAGUAACCAGGAACUGAUCAACGUCACUUCACUUGAUUUUGAUUUUUGACCAUGUAAGCUGUUUCUUAUUAUAAUUGACGAGUUGGUUAUGACCUAUUUUACUGGCUGAAGAUACGAUGCCAAAAGUUUUCAUGGUGUGUCAAGCGAUGGUAAACUUGAAAAAUUCAUCUCAAAUCUCUCAUAAUCUUGCUCUAAGGACUGUAUCGUUUGUAGAGUUGAAUCUUCUUUUGAGUAUCUUGUUGAGUAUUUAUUUGUUGCCUGCCCAAAGAUUUUUUCACUUUCUCUAUUUUUCUAUGAUUAUAAGCCAUACAACAUUUCACACGUGUUUUGAUCCUGUAUGUCAGUGAUUUUCUUUUCAUAAGCGAGUUCGUCGUCCUCUGUAAGUUUUUUCAAGUGUUAAUGUUUGCAUUCUAUGUUGUAAGCGUAUCUGUGAUUGCCACUGCAUUUUCAAACGGUCGAUACAAUAAGGGAGUCCUUAUUUUAAUGCACUGUCGGUGUAAGGGUAUCUAUAAUUGGCUGACUUGUACCCGUAAGCAAAGACCAGGUAGUCCAAUAGGGAUUUUGUGGAUUCUGCUUUUACUUAUUUCAGCAAUUGACUGGAUUUCCAGCAAUUAUAAUUGAUCUUUCUAUGUUCUAGUGUACUAGUACUUUUUGUCAGGUAUAAAUUCCCCGACUGUUUGCCUGCUGUUCCAUCCAAAUUCGAAGGACAUCUACGAUGGAAGGGAGUACUCAUCAACCGGGGCAUAUUAUUGAGAUAAAUGGUGAUGUUUCUGGUGGAGAGAGGAGCUUUGGAGGGAUCAAAAUCUGUGGGGAAGCUCCUUGUGGAUUCUCAGAUGCUGUAGCCAUUACCAAGGAUGCAAAAGAACGAGCAGCUUCCAUGCGGAAGCUUUUCAUUGCAGUUGCACUCUGUGUUGUCUUCAUGGGCGUCGAAGUUGGUGGAGGCAUCAAAGCCAACAGUCUUGCCAUUUUAACCGAUGCGGCACAUUUGCUAUCGGAUGUUGCAGCUUUUGCUAUCUCAUUGUUUUCUUUGUGGGCUGCGGGCUGGGAAGCCACUCCACGUCAGACUUAUGGGUUCUUUCGGAUAGAGAUUCUUGGUGCUUUGGUUUCCAUCCAGCUCAUAUGGCUGCUCGCUGGAAUUAUAGUUUAUGAAGCCAUUUUAAGGCUCAUUCACAACACGGGCGAAGUCAAUGGCUUCCUUAUGUUUAUUGUUGCUGCUUUUGGUCUUCUGGUAAAUAUAGCCAUGGCUGUCUUGUUAGGUCAUGACCACAGCCAUGGCGGACAUGAUCAUGGUCAUGGUCACAAGCAUGGUGGGCAUGAUCAUGAUCAUGCUCAUGGUCACAGUCACAGCCACAGCCACAGUGAUCACCAUCAUAACAGCCGUGGUCACAGGCAUGGGGUGCAGAUGACCAAACAUACCCAUAGUCAUGAUGAGCACCCAAGAGACGAAGAGCAUGGCCACGCUCACGAGGAUGGUCACAGGCAUGGGGUGCAGAUGACCAAACAUCCCCAUAGUCCUGAGGAGCACCCAACAGACGAAGAGAAUGGCCAUGCUCACGAGGAUGGUAUGGCCGAACCACAGCUGACGAAAAAUUCCCAAGACGAAAACAAACCAAACAGUGAGAAAGAAGAAAAGAAGAAACGUAACAUCAAUGUACAAGGAGCUUAUCUCCACGUACUGGGGGACUCCAUUCAGAGCUUUGGUGUCAUGAUCGGAGGAGCAAUGAUUUGGCAUGAACCCAAAUGGAAGAUAAUUGAUGUGAUUUGCACCUUCUUUUUUUCCGCCAUUGUUUUGGGGACGACUAUCAAAAUGCUGCGGAACAUACUGGAGGUACUGAUGGAGAGCACGCCACGGGAGAUUGAUGCUGCGAAGCUUGAGAAGGGGUUAUCUGAACUGCAUGAAGUGGUGGCCGUACAUGAGCUGCAUAUUUGGGCCAUUACAGUUGGAAAGAUUCUGUUGUCUUGCCAUGUCAAAAUAAAGCCCGAAGCUGAUGCAGACAUGGUGCUAGACAAGGUCGUUGAUUAUAUUAGGAAGCAGUAUAAUAUUAGUCACGUGACUAUACAGAUAGAGCGUUAGAGCAUCCACAAUGUAAUAAUCAAAAGCAAAAGAUUGUUAAAGUUAGCUAUGUGUGCUUAAAAAAGUGCUCAUAUUGUAAUAAUUAAAGUUAACAACCUUCUAACCAAUAAUCCAAUUUGGGCAUUUGAAUAA